AUGACUGUUUUUCCUCUUCGCUCCAUCUUCCCUUGUCAUUACAUUCAUGUUACUAUCAUCGUCAUCAUCUCAUUGGCUUCGUUGCAUGCAUUCAUUUUAAUACGCAAUUAUAUCAUCGGUCUGGCCUGUCUUUUCAAUUUGUCUGCACACGCCAUGCACGUCUCCACGAUCCUUGCGUUUUUGCUAUGCAUUAGCCCUACGAUCGCACUUUGGCCUCUGCCCCGACAAAUCUCGAGUGGGACCACUGCCCUUCGACUAUCAUCUUCCUUCAGUAUCAACCUCUCCGGUGUACACAACCCUCCAAAGGACCUGAGGGAUGCAGUAACGCGUACCCAAGGCUAUCUACGCAAUGAUGGCCUCCAAGCUCUUGUUGUUGACCGCGGCGCGUCUUCCGCUGGAGCCAUCAAGGCCGCGAAAUCCCUCAGGUCACUUACCGUGAAGCUGACCUCGUCUGGGUCUGUCAAGAGUAUAUCUCAAGAGGCCGUGGCUCCACUGGAGUCUCGCGUAGAAGGCUACACUCUGAUUGUUCCGGCAGAUGGAUCAAGUGCGGUCUUACAAGCCAACUCAACCUUGGGCCUUUUCAGAGGAUUGACCACCUUCAGUCAAUUGUGGUACGAGCUCAAUGGUGAUAUCUAUACCUUGGAAGCUCCCUUCAACAUCGUGGAUUCUCCUGUAUAUCCUUACCGUGGAUUCAUGUUGGAUACCGCAAGGAACUAUUUCCCUGUGUCGGACAUCAAGCGCACUCUGGAUGCUAUGAGCUGGGUCAAGAUCAAUACCCUUCAUUGGCAUGUCGUGGAUAGCCAGUCUUUCCCUCUAAUCGUCCCUGGAUUCGAAGUGUUGUCCACUAAAGGCGCCUACAAUGCUCGUUCUGUGUAUACUGCCUCCGACGUUAAAGACAUUGUGGCCUAUGCCGCUGCACGUGGCAUCGACAUCAUUGCUGAGAUCGAUACUCCUGGCCACACAGCAGUCAUCGAGAAAGCUUUCCCAGAACACAUUGCCUGCCCGGAGGCUUCUCCUUGGACACAGUUUGCAAAUGAGCCACCUGCUGGCCAACUUCGCCUUGCCAGCCCGUCCACCGUCAACUUCACUGCUUCGCUCUUGACGUCAGCCGCAAAGCUCUUUCAAUCAAAGUAUUUCGGAACAGGUGGCGACGAGAUUAACUCGAACUGUUACCAGAAAGACGAGCCAACACAGACGGAACUUGCGAACCAAGGCAUUACUCUGAACGAAGCCCUCGACAAAUUCACUCAGGCGUCACAUGGCGCUCUUAAGAAUAUCGGGAAGACUGCCGUUGUUUGGGAAGAAAUGCUUCUUGCUCAUCCAGUCAACCUUGCCAAUGAUACAUUGAUCAUGGUUUGGAUUUCUGCUGACAAUGUUGCCUCUGUUGCCCAGAAGGGUUUCAGGAUUGUCCAUGCUGCAAACGAGUACUUUUACCUGGAUUGUGGAGGCGGGGGAUGGGUCGGACAGAACGUCCUCGGAAACAGCUGGUGCGACCCUUUCAAGACGUGGCAAAAGGCCUACUCUUUCAACCCUCUGGCCGGUUUGACGGAAGAUCAGUAUCACCUCGUCCUCGGCGGUCAGCAUCUCUUGUGGACUGAGCAGUCGAGUCCCUCCAAUCUGGACAAUGUCGUUUGGCCUCGUGCAGCCUCCUCUGCAGAAGUCUUUUGGUCUGGAGCAGGUGGAAACGUUGGAACUGCUCUUCCGCGCCUUCAUGACGUGGCGUAUCGCUUCAAGCAACGCGGCGUCAAUCCAAUUGCGCUGCAACCCGAGUGGUGUGCCCUACGGCCAGGAGCAUGCGACCUUAACGCGUAA